UUGUUGUUUAGUGUAUAUUCACCUCCUUCUAUGGCCUUUGUGCCUUGGUUCGUCUCACAUAUUGUGUCUCCCAUAUCGUACAAUAUGCCUUGCAAUGCCAGAGCUAUUUGAAUCACCGCUGAUCGCCUCUCUCUCUCUCUCUCUCUCUCUCUCUCUCUAUCUCUAUCUCUAUCUCUCGCUCUCGCUCUCUGCCUAUUUAUCCAUAGGCAUAUCUCAAUGCCUUCAUUCCAUUCAUCUUCAGACCACGCCCGUCAUUUAUAGGAAAAGGAAACCCGAUCUCGCCACGAUUUCUCUUCGUCUACCCUUCCAUUGCCCUUAACUAUAGCUAGAGGUAGUCCUCACCCAUUUCCAUGUGCCUCGACAUCACUUCCAGAACCCCCGUCUAUCCAACUUUCAAGUUUCCACCCAUCUGCCGUCACAGGAACUAGAAUCAAGGGGCAAGUUGGAUGCGUUUCUUUUCCCGUGCUUUUGACGCCCACUCUGGCACUGAAUAGUACGAAGACUCGAUGUGAUCAAGUCCUUCCCGAACUAAUCAAAUCGCGUCUACUUCGUACCUUACCUUUGCUCUAGCCCCGAAAGCUCCCGAUCGUCAUGGCCCUACGGUUCGUUUUCCCACACAGAUUCCCAGCAGCUCUCACAUCCCCUCAUUCCCCACCCCGACGUUACAGUACGGCGUCACCUGUCAUCUUCCAUAUACGCGUCACCUUACUACCUAUUCCGUACUCCGUACUACGUACUUCGCUUCGUACGGACCUACUAACCGACAGUGUUUCUGCACAGCCAAGACGCGAGAUCAACCGACU